GACAGGUCGGGUGAGGGGGGCGUGGUCGAGGAGCUGCGGCGUCAGUGGUGGAGGCGGCGGCGGGUGUCUUGGGUACUGGUGGCGGCCACCAGCGUCAGUUGUGUCUCGUCCUCGUCUCUAGCACACACACAUACCAUGGCAUCUGUCACUAAGCUCGCUUUGUUGAGUGUAUCGGAUAAGACUGGGCUGGUGGAACUUGCGAAAGGAUUGACUACUGCCGGUCUAAAACUUGUGGCUUCUGGUGGCACAGCUACAAAAUUGAAGGAUGCUGGACUCCAGGUGUCUGAAGUAGCUGAAGUAACUGGAGCAGCAGAGAUGUUGGGAGGACGUGUAAAGACGCUUCAUCCCACCAUCCAUGGUGGCAUCCUUGCCAGAGACACUGCAGCUGACCUUGCCGAUCUUAAGGCCAGAAAUAUUGACAUCAUCCAGGUUGUAGUGUGUAACCUCUACCCAUUUGUGAAGACAAUCAGCAAAGCGGGUGUUACUGUGGAAGAGGCUGUAGAGAACAUUGACAUAGGUGGCGUAACACUCCUCCGUGCUGCUGCCAAGAAUCAUAGUCGUGUCACUGUUGUCUGUGAUCCUCUGGAUUAUGACUUGGUUAUAGAAGAACUGAAAACUGGAGACACUUUACCUGAAACGAGGCAAAAGUUGGCACUAAAGGCAUUUACCCACACUGCCCAGUAUGAUGAUCACAUCAGUGACUACUUUAGAAAAACCUACUCUGCCGGAGUGUCACAAUUGCCUCUUCGCUAUGGCAUGAACCCACACCAAAAGCCUGCUCAAGUCUUUACUCAAGUUGCUAAGCUUCCUCUAACAACUGUAAAUGGAUCCCCUGGCUUCAUAAACCUCUGUGAUGCUCUAAAUGCCUGGCAGUUAGUCAAAGAACUUCGUGCUGCCCUUGACCUACCUGCUGCCGCUUCAUUCAAGCAUGUAUCUCCCGCUGGGGCUGCUGUAGCUAAUCCCCUAGAUGAGACAGAGAUGAAGGUAUGCAUGGUGGAUGACCUAGAAGACCUGACACCCCUGGCGACUGCUUAUGCUAGGGCCAGAGGAGCCGAUCGUAUGUCUUCGUUCGGAGAUUUUGUGGCUCUUUCGGAUGAAUGUGAUCUUCUUACGGCAAAGAUUAUAUCUAGGGAGGUGUCGGAUGGUGUUGUUGCUCCUGGGUACUCGGCUGAGGCCUUGGCACUUUUGAAGAAGAAAAAAGGUGGAAACUACUGUAUCUUGCAGAUGGAUCCUGCAUAUGAGGGAAGUCUUCAAGAGCGUCGUACCAUAUUCGGUCUGACUCUGGAGCAAGGGAGGAAUGACGCUUUAAUAACGCCCGAGCUUCUUGGUAACAUUGUAUCUAAAAACAAAAAGCUGACUGAAGAAGCCACUCGUGAUCUCAUCGUUGCAACCAUUGCAGUAAAGUACACACAGUCCAACUCUGUUUGCUAUGCUAAAAAUGGGCAGGUGGUAGGAAUUGGUGCAGGUCAGCAAUCUCGUAUUCAUUGCACAAGACUUGCAGGAGACAAGACCAACAACUGGUGGUUACGUCAUCAUCCUCGUGUGUUGGGCAUGAAGUUUAAAGAUGGAGUGAAGAGAGCAGAAAAGUCUAAUGCCAUUGACAACUUUGUCUCUGGUACUGUGGGGAAAGAUAUGCCGGAGUCCCAGUUUGCAGCUGUGCUUGAAGAAGUUCCGGCUCCCCUUACACAAGAAGAAAAAGAUUUGUGGGCAAAGAAAUUGAGUGGUGUUGCACUGUCUUCAGAUGCUUUCUUCCCAUUUAGAGAUAAUGUUGAUAGAGCAAAACAGAGUGGUGUAGAUUACAUCAUCAGUCCAUCAGGAUCUACCAAUGACAGCAUUGUGGUAGAGGCGUGUGAUGAACACUCGAUGACUCUUGUACAUACAAACCUCCGCCUUUUCCAUCAUUAGUAUCUUCGCUUCAUUGUAAUGUCUUGGUUAUCCUUGACAGAAUGCAGUUAAGGUAAUUAUUUCAUAAUCCUAAUUGUUUUGAAGUUUAAUGUAUUUGUAAUUGCCAAUAAAACUUUACUUUGAGUAUUCAA